GCUGUUGCCUGGCAUAUCAAGGCGAGCUCUGCUCUACAGUAACCUACCAUAUUGUGGCAACUACCGUCCCCGGGAAACAAAUUGCAACUUCUACUUCAGUGGGCUUGCAGGAUCUACCUUUUGAAGCAAAGACUUUUCAGAUAAUCAAACUAGAAACUUCUCCAACUUAACCAACCUUCUCAGCUCAUUUGCCCAGUUCAAGAUCCUACUCUCUACCAUUUACAACAUCAUCAACUACGAAGUUGGCUCUCUUUGCACAGUAGACACUCAUAACUCAUAACUCAUAACUCAUCCUCGUACUUUUCAACUUGAUCCGUAUUGUCUAUUAACCUUGCAACAUCCUCCGACAAGAUGCCUGCCCUGGACAUUGACUCCCAGUUCAAGUUCCUCAUCAUGUGCAUCAAGCACUCGACUGCUGGAAAGGUCGACUUUACUGAGGUCGCGAAGGAAUGUGAGAUCGUCAGCAAGGGCGCCGCUGCCAAGCGAUAUGAGCGUCUUCUGAGGGCGCACGGCAUUAGCGCUACCGGUGGUGGGGGUGGCGUCAAGAAGGAGUCCAAGGACAGCAAGGACGGCGUCAAGACCCGCACCCCCAGCAAGAAGCGCAAGCUCGCUGCCAUCGACGAGUAUGCUGGUGACGAGGAUGAGCCUAUCAAGACCGAGAUCAAAGGUGAAGUUAAAACCGAAGAUUCGAUCGCCGUGAAAGCGGAGCAGGAGAACGGCGGCGGCGGCGCGACUGCUAUCGUGGCUGGUGUCCCCACUUCUGCUAGCGAGGUAGCGCCGGCGGACCAGCCUAACACAUCGCUCUCUACCGAUGCGCAAAACAAUGAUGAAGACGAUGACGUCUUGGUCAUUAGUGCUACAGAGAGGUGCGAUGAUAACGGCGUCCCGGUCUACGGCAGCAGUGGUCACCACCACUCGCAUGCGCACUUGCACUCGCACUCGACUGCUCCGAUUGUCCCGGGGAUCCAUUCCUUUGAUUAUGCUGCUAACAUGGCUUUCCCCCAGCAGAUGGCGAUGACGACGCCGACGAGGGUGAAUACGACGCAUAAUUCCCUUCCCUACGGUUUCCCCCCUGGCACGUGGAUGUUCCCCCACGACGCACAUAGCUAUCUCUAGCAGACAAACAAGCACUAGUCCCUCGUUACCUACUUCCCCAAGAUACACCAUCAAAACCGUCCGUUCUCUUUUAUCACGGCAGGAAUGACUUAUGACUUAUGGUACACAAAUUAGGGAUGAAUGUGGGGUGGAUUUCGAUUGAUUUCGGUUGAUUUCGCCAUCAUAUGGCAGCUCUUAUGAGCAAUAUUGUCGUUUCGCUUAUUUCCGAUGAUUUCAGUAUUCUAGGUCGGUAGAUACGCUCUGGUGAAUUAAAGAGUCCUAAUGCAAACAUCUUUCGUGCUGUUUUCCAACGCGUGUGAUCGCU